CGAUUACUGGAUUCCAUCCGACAUGAACCAAUAGCCAUUUAAAUUAUAUCUAUGAAUACCUAAGAUUACGUAUUGAUUUUUUCUAGCGUCAUUGACGCCCCUUCAGCUGAUGUUUUCCAAACACAUACGAGGGAGUUGAUCCAUCAGCAGGCAAUUGUCACCGUCAUUGGAGAUUGCCUCUGAGUAAAUAAUGUGGAAACAAACGUUUAUUCGUCCCCUGAGUCAACGCUUUGGAAGCAGCAUGUUGGUCGAUCCUUUUCGAGAUGUAACUUUGAGGCUGAAACGGGCCUUCAGUCUGGCAAUGCCACCGAAAGAGCAUACUAUGAAAGAAACCAAUCUCUUCAGAGUGGUUGAUGAAUAAUUGAUUUACAGAUAUACAUCAGGUCGGUGGCUAAUCAAUGAACAAGACCAGAUGGAGCAACAUUAUGUCAAGUUCAACAUUGAUAACCUUUGUCGCCAGGCUGCCUCGCUGUUUGGCAACUCAAAGAAAUGCGCUCAUAUUAUGAAGAUGGAGGGGAAUUUUAACAAAGCCUUUCUUAUUACGAUGGAUGAUGGCAAGGAGGUUGUUGCAAAGAUCCCUUGUCCAAAUGCGGGUGCUACGUCGCUGACAACGGAAUCUGAGGUGGCUACGCUGAAAUUUUUGCGGUCAUACACUUCGAUUCAAGUUCCAGAAGUAUUCGCUUGGAACUCUGAUCCGACAAACCCUGUGGGCGCAGAAUACAUCCUCAUGGAGAGGAUCCGGGGGAUUGCACUCUCCGAAAGAUGGGACGCAAUGAACACCCUGGACCGCUACAAAAUAAUCGACCAAAUCAUUAAGAUGGAGAAAGAGCUUGAGGGAUUGAAGUUUCCGGCAUAUGGAAGCCUUUACAUGCGGGCAUCCACAGUCCAUCGAACCAAUCGUUAUUUACUUCCCUCAGAUUUGGACCCCGAAGGGCUAUUCUACAUCGGACCGCUCUGUAGUCGAGCUAAGUGGAAUGGAGGUCUUUCUACAACCAAACGCAAUAACGGCCCAUGGACAUCCUUUCCGGAAUUUGCGCUAUCGGUUCCAGAAAGGGAAUCAGAGCUCGUCGCGUGUUCGAAGAACGAGGUGCAAAAUCGUCUCAAUCGAUUCGAUGAGAGGCAGUCUGUCGAGGAGUAUAGUGAGCUUUUAGAAAAAGCUGAAGAUGUCCUUCCGAUUAUUUCGCGUGAUCCGCGUGUGGUGGAAGGGGCAGAUCCAGUUAUUUGGCAUACUGACCUACACCUGGGGAAUAUAUUUGUUUCCCCAGAUAGCCCAACUACCGUUGAAGGGAUCAUUGAUUGGCAGUCUUCUCAAGUUGCGCCGCUUUUCCUACAAGCUCGAUUUCCCGAAUUUUUAAGGCCGCCAAAGAGCUACGUCUCAGGAACUGAGGUCCCUGGCCUGUCAGCAGUCUCUGAUGAGCCGAAUGCCGAACAGAAGGAACAAGCCGCAAAGGAAAAGAAAUUGGUAUCCCAGUCUAAAUACUAUGAGAUGUCCUGUCUUGCAUAUAACAAACGCGUCUAUAAUGCAAUGGGUCUUGACCAAAGACUAUGGGAGCCCUUCACACUUUGCCAUCCUUUCUCGAAUGGCAGCAUUGUCCCGCUACGCAAUUCUCUGAUCCGAAUAUCCGAGGAUUGGGCUCUUCUCGGUCUCCCGGGUAGCUGUCCUUUCGAAUUCAAUGAAGAAGAAAUAAAGAUGCAUAGUGAGCAGUUGGUCCUGCACCAAGAUAUGCUGUAUCUCUGGGAUAUUGUGACGACUCAGCUCUGUACCGACAACACUGGUUGGGUACCAGUUAAUCGAUGGGAAGAGACAAGAAAGAUGAACAAGCAUCUAUUUGAUAUGUACAUGAACACGAUGAACAAGGAGCUUUCAUCUGAUGAGGCUUUGAAGAAGUGGCCCUUCCCCCCUGAAAGCACUUGACUCUUGUAGCCAUGAGUUAGAGCUCCUUUUUCGCUUGCUCAAUCAACUCUGACAGCACUCGCCUGCCCUCCUCAGAUUGCUCUUCUUCGGGGGUAUUUCUGUUCAUCUGAGCUGUUGCGAGGUUCCCAUGCGGGUCUUUUUCGCAGCCAGUCUUUGAGUCCUUCGCUCUUUGCUUGGCUAUCCACUUGGAGGUAUACGUUGUGAUAGCCUGGCUUGUCCUUUAUCUCUUCUCCCAUGUCAAUUCGACAUUGGUACGCUGCAUCGUUUUUGCCAUUCCGGAAAGGCAAAAUCCUGCCACCAUGUGUGAAUUCCUUGAAUAGCUUGAUGAUCUGCUUGUAAUCACUGAUAACCCUUU